AUGAAGGGUUUUCUCGAGCUUCGACUUCCCAUGACGAAGUCUAAUCUUUCGAGAGGUAACAAAUUCCAGGAUGACGACUUGAUAAACAAGAGAAGGAAAAGAGAUGAUAGUGCUAAGCAGAUGUUCGCUGCGAACAACACGCUCUCAGAGAACAAGGCAUACCUCAAGCACCUCAAGGAUCGAAUUCACAACUUGGAGAGUGCAUUUCUUAACGGUAAAUCUAAAUCCCUAUCACAGUCGCUGCCCUCUAUAAAUGCUUCGCAUGCAAGUCAAAAUAGCCCUGGAUACUCUGUAUCAACACUCCCGUCGAUAACGCUGCACUCGAACAAUGCAAGCAAUUGUGGAAUUACUCCAACACAACAGCAGUCCUAUGCGUCAGGUUCCAUCACUAACUCAUUUCCGAUUCCAUCAAUAGUGCAAAGCUCAUCAGAGCAAAAUAGGCCCCAGCCUUCAUCGCUCCCACCAUUUAAUCAUCAAGCUACCAAUAAUCACGCGAGAAGAAUACACUCAUCAUUGUUUGAAAGAAACAGCUUGCCCGAAAUCCGCCAUCCAGACCUUGACAUUCGUCAUGAUUAUCGUCCGAUUUUCGAAGGAGAUCGCACGGCGCAUGGAGAAGGACUAUCCGUAUCUCAUCCAUUUCUGGGAAGCCCGUCGAGGAAAUCGCCAUUGGAUAAUUGCCAAUCUUCCCAUGCUCCGUAUUUUAUUGGGGUUAACCCUCAUGCUCACAUAAAGGACACAAUAAAUUUUUACCAUGGAUAUUCUUCUGUUCACUACAAAGAUCAUUUAAGAAGACUCAAUUUUGGCCCCUUUGCAUGGUCAUCAUUGAUGAAGAGGGAUUAUGGUUUGAGGCUUAUGUGGGAUUACGUUGUCUCCAAAAAAGAAAAAUUCUCAACCAAGGGACAAUUUUUAAGUCGUUCUGUGGCACUCAUGUUUGCGCAAACCUCUGAUGAAAUGAAUGAUGAGAGUACAGCUACUAUUUUAUCCAAAGGCAGAGAAGAUGAACAUCUGGAAAAGCAAUUUGAAAGGCGUGCUCUUCAGACAGAUGGUGUAGAUGACAUGAUUCCUUACGAGAAGGUCAUAAGAGCGAGGCAGAAAACGAGUAUGCAAAAGGUGCUUUUGAAUAAGCAUACUUUGUCCUUGGGUCUCACUGUAUUUGAUGGACAAAUCUAUAGAGAGCUUCAAAUCAUCGAGAAAAUUGAGGUUGUACUACCGAAGAAGAGGGUAUUGUGGAAAUUAAUCACACGAUUCUUCCAUUCAGUAUAUACAUACAUGCCCUUUAUUGAUGAAGAUUAUUUUCGAAAAGAUGUCGAAAGCAUUAUAGGACCUGAGUCUUACGAUGACGUUCCAAUUGAUAAAAUCAGGAUUGCAAAGAAGCUAGACUUUGCUACUGUCGGCAUUUUGCUUAUAAUUGUUCGUCUUGCGUACCUCUCGUUGUUCUCGAACAACAGUGCCCUCAAUGAAGCGAUUCUCAAUAACCCCAAUCCGAAUGAUGAGGACAAGGUCAUACAAUACUUGAUGAACAACCCAAUAAAUAUCAACAUCAUCGAUGUUGCAAGCUUAUGCCUUGAUCAAUUUCAAAUAUUGAGACGAAGUAAUUUUACUGUUCUUCAACUUGCUUUGUUUUUACGUCUUUAUCACACUUAUGCUCCAGAAGACGGCGAUGGAGCUGACGGUGGGGACUCUCAGGUUCUAAACUCUGUGCUUAUACAAACCGCCUAUUCAUUGGGCAUGAAUCGAGAGCCUGAUGAAAAUUUCAGAUUCCAAGAUGAGACACAUAACAAGAAAGAUCUGGUGGUAUCUUGUGGCUUCAGAUCUUCAUUUAAGUUAUUCUUUUGGCAACCCACCAUCAACAGACGAAAGAUACUUUGA